AUGAGUAGUGUUCACAGCCAGGAAAGUGAAGGUACGACCGAACCAGGCGGACUAGACACCGCGCAGAAGGUUUCCAGGCCUGGAACUGCGAAUGCGACUGGUGGAUCCGGCGAUAACUCGUCCGGGAGUAACCGGCCAACGAUCCGUUUCGAGAAACAAAGAGUGGUUCCCAGGGCGAGGACGCAGUCGGUACAAAGUGUGUUGAGCAGUAUUUCGUUGCGUAGUAUGAUGAACAAGCAUCAGGAAGAACUGUCGGAGCAACAGCAGCAGCAACAGCAACAGCAGGGCGGUGGUGGAGGAGGCGCAGGAAACCAUGGUGCGCCGCCAAGCACGGCAGGCACUUCGGGAGUAGGUGUGCCGUUUGCACAGCAAAUCCAGUCGCCGGCGAUGGUUUCUGCUCGCAAAAGAACUACAAGUGUUAAUACGGUCAAUACCAUGGAAGAAAUUGGUCAGAAAAUGCCGUUUACGGACGACAAACGUCAGGCUUUGGACGCUGAUGGAUUAUCGCGAAAUCGGAACGGUACUGCCAACGGAUCUGAAAAUCAGAGACCCUCUUUGAGAUCUUCCGCGUCCAGUAGUCGUCAUGGGCUUGACCAACAAUCUGGUGACCCUAUUUAUGAGGACAAUGAGGACGACGCCGAUGACGAUGCAGACGAUGCUGCCAAGCAGAAAAAGUUGACUGCUGACGCGCUUAGAAGACUCUCUGCCAUUCGUCAGAAUCAAAAGCUGGGCGUAACAGCACCGGGUCCAAACCCAGAUGACAGUUUGUUGGGAGAAUCUCUUACGCAUUUGCAAUUCGGUGGGAAAAAUGUAAUACUGGACUCCUCGAUUCCUUCCAGGAGGAAAAGUUCUGUCAUGGUUGCAAAGCAGUCGUCGAAUUUGCUUCCCUCCACGAUAGAAUCGGCAUCGAGGCCUCGAUCCAGCAGACCUGUGCGCCAAAUAAACACUCCCAAGAAGCCACUUUAUACACCCGCAGUUUUGCGAGACAUUUCUAAGACCAAUAUCACAAAUUCAGAAUUGAGAAGAUCGCCAGCUGCUGCGGCUCUGAUGGCACAGGACUCUCUCGCAAACACGUCUUCCAGCAGUGUUCGUAGCAUGCGUUCCACUUCGUCUUCAAUUUUAUCGGAAUGCACCAAACGGUUCUUCGGCCGUUCGGGCUCGUCUGCGUUGACAGUCAAAGCGGAACUCGUUAGGCCCUCUCGCGAGCAUUGGAUCUCGGAUUCUAAACGUCACGCAUGUCACUACUGCCAUAAGAUUUUUACCUUUUGGGAACGCAAGCACCAUUGUAGACAUUGCGGUGACAUUUUCUGCAUGCAACAUGUCAGGCAUUGGCUAUACCUCGACCAGCAAGCACAUUUUGUAAUGGGCGGGUCUGGUAUUGGAGCUUUGUCGAAAGUGUGUGACACUUGCUUACAUGAAUACGAAACCCUCAUAAGAGAGGGUUCUGCACCCGAGUCUGCGCAGCAAGCAGGCGAUACAUUGAUCAGUCCUCAUGCUAAUGGGUUGGCCGGAACCAACCCCAAGCUCGAACCAAACGGUAUUGUGGACGACAAGGAUAAACGAAGAGGAAGGAUGGAUAGCAUCGUGGGGAGUAUACCGGCGGAUUGGAAUUGGAGCAGUUUUUAG